AUGGAUGAUGAAGCAAAGAAGAACAAGACUGAUCAAAAUACCUCCUCUUCUUCUGACAGUGAAGACGAUGAAGGAAGCACUCAGUUUUCCGUGGAUGAUGAAUCAUCAGAGGACAAUACUGCUGGUGACGAUUACGAUAGCGACAUGGAAGAUGGCUACAGCUUCUCUGCUCACGAAACUGAGGUCCGAGAAAUCGCUGCAUUGCGAAAGAAGGACUUGCAAAAUCCAAGCCAGUUUAGCUAUGAAGGCGACUUCACAGCUGAAAUCGCAGAAGAAAUGAUUCGAACGUUUCGACACUUUGCCUCCAAAGGAAUAUUUUGGGUAUGUCUGUAUAUCGAAACCGGGUUCGAAGGUGGUGAUGAUGCACGCCGUCGUUUUUUCAAAGUGCUCCAAGUUGCCAAUCGAGCAAGCUUAUUCGAAGAUAUCACCAUCGACAUGUAUGACAUUGGCAAUGAAUUCUGCCCUUCCGGACAUCUUCAGAUACACCCAUCAUUUGAAGACAGCAAUCGCUUGAAAGGGGUUCACCUAGAAUGCUUCCACUUUGAUUCGAGAUCCAUCCAACUGCUUUGCCGUGUUCUUACGCAGUCAAAAAGUCUCUGUACUCUUGGCAUGACAAAAUGUGGCAACAUUGAUGACCCACUUCUCUGUGAAGCGCUGGUCAAUUCUAACAUUUCAAAUCUAAUAAUUGAUUGCAACGACCUAGGGGACGUUUCUAUUGCGAACACUGUGCAAGCAUUAAUGGGUCAUAGAACACUGAAGGAGCUGCUCGUUUUGAAGUGCAGGCACACCGCUGUUCUCUUGGAUUCGGUUACAACUCUUUUGACUUCAAAGAGUUGUCGUCUCACGCAUUUUCGAAUUGGAAAUCCAUUAUUCCCAAACAAAAGCGAUUCGGUGCCAAUUCAAAGUAUCCUACAAUGGAUUCGAAAGAACAAAUCUCUGCAAAGCAUUGCAAUUCAUUGUCCACUAUCUGGAGAUCGUCCUUUUCUCAAGCUUUUGGGCUCGGUGGCAUUGCACCCAAAACUACAACGCGUCGACGUCGAUCACCGUGACAUCACAAUGCAAGAUCUUCAGGAGGCCCGAGCCCUUCCCAGAUUUCAGCGGCGCUUCGAAAUAGGAAGGAUUGGGUCGAAUCAAACAGUUGGUCCAUAUCAAGCAGCUCUCAAGGAUUUCCUUGAUGUUCAUCCAGAAAUCGUUUUGAGAAACGUUUGCUACAACGCGGAACCUAUCAAACACGCAAACUUUCUUAACCAUUCGGGGAGGUAUUUGGUAGGACGGCGCAUUCCUCUUGGACUUUGGCCCCUGGUCUUGGCAAGGAUUGAAAACUGGGUUCAAAACUAUUUAAUGGGAUAUUUGGGUCUUAGAUAUAGAUCUUUUAUUUCUGGCUACGACAAGUAUGGAAAAAACCUCAGAAUAUACAAGGCAGAUGCUAUCUACCAUUUGUUGCAUGGUCCAGCUUUUGCUGGCAGUCCAAUUGCAGAUGACAACUCCGCCCCCAAAUCCACUAAGAAGCGAAGAAUAGAGAGCAAUACCAAAUCCCCAACUACCUGCUCCACGUCGCCGUUUCGUAAGGUUCGAACCAAAUAG